GUUUGAGGUAGGGUGGGAGGAUUGUCUGUUCUGUGGAUUAUCCGUUCCCAGAAACUAAAGGAAAGGGCAAUGAUUGCCUCUUCAAUGGCGCUAAUUCAACAAUUUUCCAUGCCCAUCGCGCGCUUAGUGCGCCCUUCACAUCGGACUAGCCUCCGUUGUUGCACCAUGGCCGCUGCUACCACUUCCCCUUGCGACCUUUCUGUCCCUUCGACAACCCGCGACUCCCAGUCUCAGGUUCUUCUUGGCUUGUCCGAGAAAGACUUGCAACAGUUGGCUCUUGAAUUGGGCCAGGUAUUAAAAUUCUCUCUUAAGAAGCAAAGCUAUAGAGGGAAGCAACUCCAUCAUCUUAUAUACCAGAGAAAGGUCAGAGAGAUUCAGAAUUUAUAUCAGUUGCCUCGGACCUUUCGGGAUGAUCUUCAAGAAGCUGGAUGGAGCGUAGGCCGGUCUCUUGUUUUCCGCUCUGUCACCGCGGCUGAUGGCACUGUUAAGUUAUUAUUGAAGUUGCAUGACAACAGAUUGAUUGAAACUGUUGGUAUUCCCGUUGAAGGUGAUAAAGGUUCAGUUCGCCUAACUGCGUGUGUCUCAUCACAGGUUGGUUGUCCAUUACGAUGUACAUUUUGUGCCACCGGAAAGGGGGGUUUUUCAAGGAAUCUUCAGAGGCAUGAAAUUGUUGAGCAGGUUUUGGCCAUUGAAGAGGUUUUCAAGCGCAGAGUGACAAAUGUAGUUUUUAUGGGAAUGGGUGAGCCAAUGUUAAAUAUGAAGAGGGUACUGGAAGCUCACCACUGCUUGAAUAAGGAUGUGCAAAUUGGGCAGAGAAUGAUUACCAUCUCCACCGUGGGAGUUCCAAAUACGAUAAAGAAGCUGGCUUCUCACAAACUUCAGUCUACAUUAGCAGUGAGCCUUCAUGCUCCUAACCAGAAACUUAGGGAGUCAAUUGUUCCUAGUGCGAAAUCCUAUCCAUUGGAUGCCCUUAUGAGAGACUGCAAGGAAUACUUCCUUGAAACCAGCAGGCGAAUUUCUUUCGAAUAUGCUCUUUUAGCUGGAGUCAAUGAUUCAGUAGACCAUGCUGUGGAACUUGCUCAACUACUCCAUGGAUGGGGCCAUGGCUAUCACGUGAACUUAAUACCUUUCAAUCCAAUAGAAGGAUCAGAGUAUCACCGUCCUUAUAAGAAGGCGGUGCAGGCAUUUGUUUCUGCUCUGGAGUCCCGAAAUAUAGCUGUCAGCGUACGGCAAACAAGAGGACUGGAUGCAAAUGCGGCUUGUGGUCAGCUACGGAACAAUUUCCAGAAAAAUCCUUUGGGCGCUGAUGAGGAUCUGGCAUGAAGCCGUUAGCUUAGGAGGUUAUGGUAUGAUCUUUCUCCCAUACAAUGUCAAGUUCCCGUUAACCAGAUGAGCGAGGUGGGAGAUGCCGGCUGAACAAGGAAUGAGAAACGGAUUAGCAUGAUGGCUAUUACCAAUUGUGAGAUGAUAAGGAAUGUGAAAGGACAGGCAUAUGGUUUGUUGACGACAGAGAUUCUUGAAGCUUGUAAUUCAAAUGUCGGGUCCUUUAGGCACCAUAUAGCUGACGUAACCAUUUGGAAAUUCUGGCCGGCCUGCAGCGACAGCUUAGUGGGGAGUGAGGAGUCAUGAGCUCAUCCCAUUCUUUGCUUGAGAGGUUAUGAGAAUGAGUAAAAUCUUAAAUAGAAUUUGUGAGGGAGCCAGAUGAAUAAGAUAACCACGUGUCAUUGUUAUAUGUUGCAACAAUUGGCCUUGCGUGUAGAAUUCAUCUGCACUGUUAUAUUUUUCAUUCUGCCUUCGGUUCAUGACGGCAUCAAA